AUAAUGAAGUAAUUGAUGUGGGUCCCACUCAUGUUAGCUUUGAACAAGAUCUUAAUGGGCCAAGAUGUGGAGUGAAUGGGCUUGCUGGAUCUGCUGGACUAGAGGGUGAAUUAAGAACAAGGCUUGAUGACUUAAUAGAUGUUUAUGGGUCAGACUGUGAAGCUGUUGAGAAGGAGGAUAAUGAACUUGAUGUAUUGUUUGAAGAUUCAGAGGAAGAGAUAGGUCAGGAAGACAAUUUUGGUUAUCAAGUAAGUGCAUCUUUUCAUCAUCAGUUUGAAGAUGGCGUUAAUCUUGGUGAAGAUGUGUUUGUAGGUGGGGCUGCUGCAACAGAAACUGAACCACCAACUAAAGCAGGGUAGAGUAAAGAAAAAGACAAGGCUGGGUCAAGUGGAAAGGGAAAGGGUGCAGCUAGUAGUAAGCCAAAUAGGAAGAGAGGAAGACCAACAAAGAAGAAACAAGUUGAUUCUGAAGCUGUGUUUGAUGAUGAAGUUUUACAAGAGUUGCUUAACAAUGGUGACAAUGGUCAGUCUAGUAGAACAGACAAGGAUAGAGGAUUAAGUGACACUGAGGAAUAUGAAAGUGAUGUGCUAGAUAGUGGUUGUGACAGUGAAGAUGAGGAUGAGUUGCCUAGGAAAAAAUUCUCAACCUUAAAGCUACCUGACAACAUGUAUGAUUACAAAUGGGAAAUAGGAACAUUUUUUCUCUCUAGAGAACAGUUCAAGGAAGCCUGCAGAACAUAUGUUGUUCAUUCUGGAAGAGCAUUAAAGUUCUUGAAGAAUGAUAAAAGGAGGGUUAGGGUGAUCUGUAAGGGAAACAAGGGAAGCUGUGAGUGGGAGGCUUAUUGUGCAAAAAUCCCAGAUGAAGAAACUUGGCAACUAAGGAAGGUAACUAAACAUAACUGUAGUAGGGAGUGUAAGAUUAGGCUUAUGAAUCCUAAGUGGUGUUGGCCUAAGUUACAUAACAGGGUUAAAGAGAAUCCAAAUCUGAACUUGAAAUCUAUAAUUGAUAGAGCACAAACUAAGUGGGGAAUCAAUGUUGGUCCAAGCAAGGCAUACAGAGCAAGAGGGAUUGCAAUUGAUAUGGUGGAUGAGUCAUUCAGGGAGCAGUAUACCAGAAUUUAUGACUAUUGUCAUGAGUUGUUAAGGUCUAAUCCCUACUCAACUGUCAGAGUUAGCAAUCAACCAUUUGUAGGAAGUGAAGAAGCAUUGGAAACACCUGGAGCUAUUAUGUGUCCACACUUUCAGAGGAUGUACAUUUGUUUUAAAGCUUGCAAAGAUAGCUUCUUUAAGUGUAGGCCAAUUAUUGGAUUGGAUGGAUGUUUCCUAAAGGGUUACUAUGGAGGUCAACUGUUAUCUGCAAUUGGAAGAGACCCAAAUGAUCAAAUGAUGCCAAUAGCCUUUUCCGUGGUUGAAGAAGAAACUAAAGAGUCUUGGGCAUGGUUUUUGGACCUUCUUGUCAGGGAUCUUGGUGGGGUCAGAUUGUGUAAGACAUACACUUUUAUAAGUGAUCAACAAAAGGGACUGUUGCCAGCUCUUGAAGGAGUUAAUGUGGAGAGCUGUUAAGGCAACCUACUCAAAUGCCUUUGAUGAUGCUAUUCAAGAGAUUAAAAAGAUCAGUGAGCCUGCAUUUGAAUAUCUAAAAUUGAUCCCUGCUAAGCAUUGGAGUAAGUCCCAAGUCACUAAUGGGCCACAAUGUGAUACCUUAUUAGGGAAUCUGAAUACACCAAGAAUUGGUUGGUUAGGCAUUCAACUGAGUUUGAUUAUGAAGUGAGACACAUUGCUGCUGGAACAACUGAAAAGUUUUUUGUGAAUAUGCAAAGAAGAUCAUGUGAUUGUAGGAAAUGGUACUUGACAAGUUUGCCUUGCUGUCAUGCCAUUGCCUGCAUGAGGAACCAAGAUAUGAACAUCAAUGAUUAUGUCCCAGACAUCUUCAAGAAGGACUAGUAUGCAGCAUGUUAUGCUCCUGUCAUAUAUCCAGCCAAUGGUCAAAGUUUGUGGGAGAGGACAAAAUACAAUGAUCUUCAGCCACCACCAAUAAGGAAGCAACCAGGUAGGCCAAAAAAGAAAAGGAACAAAGAGGCAGGGGAGUUGAUGAAAGAUGAGUAUGGAAUGAGGAGAGCUAGGUGGGGUCUUAAGUGCAGUAGAUGCAAGCAAAGUGGACAUAAUAAGGCACCUUGUAAGCUUCCACCACCACCACCACCAGAAUCAAGUCAACCUGCAACUGCUCAAGCCACAAGUGCAACUACUGCAACUUCUCACCCUGCAACCACUCAGACUGCAACUGUUGUAGGUAAUCAGAGGAAUAGUCAAGUUGCUCAAAGGAAUAGCCAGUGCACUUCUGCUCAUAGAAACACUCAAGGCACAUCUGCAUCAACUUCUCAGAACACAAAAACCAGAAAGAGGAAGCAAAAAGAUCAACCAUCAUCAACACAACCAGAAACAUCUAAGGGAAAGAAGAAGAAAGUUUCUGCAAGAAGGGAUGGUGCAACUUCAACCCAGCAGUAAUUGCAAAGUGAAAGACUCUACUAUGGGCUUAUUUUGAUGUAAUUUUGAUGAAAUGUAAUGCCUAAGUGCAUUUAACAUUAUCUUACUUUUAAUAUUUUGCUUGUUGUGUAAUAGUAACCUGAAUCCCUGUUUUGGUGUGAUGUAAUGCCUAGGUGCAUGCAUCUCCUUUUUUGAUGUAAUGGUAACCUGUGAUGUAAUGCCUAAGUGCAUGCUUGAAUCCUUAUUUAGGUGUAAUGGUUACCUUAUAUAAUGAAGUAUUUUUAUGGUUAA